AUGCCGUGCAACAGGAGUACAAGUGAAACGAAAAGUGCCGAAAGUGUGGAUACCUCGGACAACACCCCGCCCCCGGCGCUGCCCCCGCGGCGGCCGCUCCGAGCGUGUAACGCCGUCGUCUUGAGGACGAGGUGCGAGGACGCGCCGCAACGUCCGGCGUCGACCGCGAGGACGGAUAAUACGGCAGCGACGGCGACUACGACGACGACGGCGCCGCCGACCAAGACAGCGGCCACGAUUGUGCCAACCACGUUGUUGUCCACGUCCCAGGGCUGCACAAACCCCUCGGCCGUUGUUCAAGUGUCGCCGCAGCCGCAGCCGCAGCCGCAGCCGCCGCUCUUGACGCCGCCCCAGUAUCCUGCGCCCCCACGGCCCCCAAGUCGUACCGGUGGGGAUGAAGCGCGUGUCGCGAGGGCGAGAGGAAGCGGACGCGGAGCAUUACCGAGCCCCAUCCUCGCUAAUGGAACGCCCUCGUCGAGAGUGUCACCACCUCGCGCGGGCUGGGCAGUGCGGAUUACCGAGGCGACACUUACCCCAACGUCAAAUCAGCGUCCAUCGGUUCCAGACACACCGACGACGUCCGUCGAACGAUGGGCUAGCGAGCGGACGGCACCAGUUUGGACAGGUCGUGCCGCAGCAUCGUUGUCAGCAGCAGCAGCAGCAACGACAACAAACACACGAGGAGGAUCAUUCUCCGCAGCAGAUCGAGGACCAGCUAGCACGGCUGGUAUCCGCCUCGAGCAUCGUCGAGUCGAGGAGAGGGAGGAGUUGGAGGCGACGAAGAAGGUGGAGCAUUGGCAACGGCAAUAUUGUCAGGAUCAACAGCAGCGGCGUCAUCUCGAGACGCCAACGUCACAAAGUCCAGGAGCAGCAGGACGUUUAAAACUGAGCGAUCGGCCGAUGUCGCGUAACGAUGCGAUAUCGCCGCUCACGCGGUCUCCCUCCUCGCGGGCAAACAUUGCCGCAGGCGACGACUGCGCCAACGGCGCCAGCGAGGACGCGGACUCGCGUCUCGUCUCCACCGAGACGCGCGUGCACGAUCACAGCCGGCCGUUCCCGCCGCCGCGGUUGCCGCUCGUGCACGUGACGUCGACGUCGAUGCCGUCCGUGCCGCCGCCGCCACCACCACCGCCACCUUCGGCGUCGCAAUCGGUACCGGGGUCUCCGACGCCCCGCGUGGCACCGCUCACCAUGCCUCUCACGCCGUUGUCGAGUUCCUUUCGGAGCAGGCCGUCCCUGCGUCGCCCGCAGAACGCAGAGAUGUCACCGAGCGACGCCAAUUCCAGAGGUCUGCUCUCGCUAUCGUCCACAGACACGACGAUAACGACGAUCGCGACGUCGCCUAGGAGCCCGAUCGGCGAGGUGAGCCUUGCCACGCCACGGCCGGACGGCGAGAGGACCAUCAACGAGUACGUCGAGGCACCGUUCAAUAACUCGCGCUGCAAUCAGGAACGACGUCUCGAUGUCGACAGCAAGACGGCCGCCGACUGUCCUAAAACCGAGAGGAGGCAUCAUCACCAUCACCACCAUUCUCAUCGUAGAAGUCACGAAGAUGCCACGAUGGUGCCGACGCAUCGAGCGCGCGGCCGCGCUAAGAAUCAGAGUAUACGCGGUUUCAGCGGCACGGCGACCGGCGCUUCUCCUGUCGCCACGUCGACGAACGUGGCAGCAACGAACGUUGUCACGAAGCAACCGGUCUCCUUCACCAAGGAGCCGGCCAACACGCUUGGCACGAGGACCUACGAUCCGGCUGGUCUGUCGAUCAUAUGUGACUUUUGCGGUAGAUGCCGAUGCGAGUCGUGCCGGGAGCCGCCUCCGCUGCCCAGCAAGUGGCUCUGCGACAACACGUGCCUCUGUUCGGCAGAGACCGUUCUAGACUACGCGUCGUGCCUAUGUUGCGUCAAGGGCCUCUUCUACCACUGCGUGGACGGCGGCAAUGGCGGUAGCGUCGCCAGCACCAUAGACGGUCAAGUUGCCGCGACGAGCUGCGCGGAUGAACCGUGUUCCUGCACCGGUAACCGCACGGCGUCCAGGUGGGCCUGCCUAGGCGCCUUAGCGCUGGUGAUGCCCUGCCUGUUGUGCUACUGGCCCCUCCGAGGUUGCGUAACCCUCUGCGAGGCGUGCUACGCGCGUCACGCUGCACAGGGCUGCCGUUGCAAUACAAACGCGAUCGGUAGCAGGCAUCAUCCCAUCACCAGCGACAUCGGAGACUCGAGGGACCCGGAGAAGAGGCUGUUGGACCCAGUCACGCCGGAGCCUUGAGCGGAAAGGCCUAUCUGUGUGAAAAUGCCGCGUGUUUUCCACGUCUCAGUGACCGGAACAAGAUGGAGAAAUCCAGGAAUAUAUAGGAUCCCGCCCUGAUGGACAUAUCGGACGUGUGUGAGGGAGGGGUCAGAGGGAGCAAAAGCGAAUUGCAUCAAGUACAAGAACUGCAUUUAAGUCGAGAAGAACAAUAUCGGAUUUUGACGAACCUGUACGUUUGUCGCUGCGAAUGUCUAUUUAUUAUUCUCCAUGAAAAGUGCGUGCGUAUGUGUGGUGCGAAUGCUUGUGUGUUCACGCUUGGUACGUUUCUGCAUGCAUGCGCGGGCGCGCGCGCGCGAGAGAGAGAGAGAGAAAGAGAGAGAAUGAGUGAAAGAAAGAAAGUAAUGUACGAAAGGAGUCUGUGCCCGUACGUGUGUUUGUGCGUGUUUUUGCGUGCGCGAACGGUAGAGAGGAAUAAAGUACGCGAGUAGAGCGUAUCGUCCAGACAUACCACUUACACAUAGAUAAUUCUAUACAUAAAUGAAUUAUACGCAUUGUACUACGCGCCGAGUGAAAUCGAACGAACGGUAAUAUAUCGGGGUCUGGG